CACAGUUUCUGAGUGGUGCUGAAACCGAGGCUGCGACGUCAUGUAAAAACUCAAAACCUCACCCUGAGCAGCAAAGCGGGCGGCGAUAGAGACGUAGACUGAUUGGAGCGACGGGGAGGGAAGCAGUUCACACCGGACACGUUGCAGGAUGCGUGAAUACAAGCUAGUGGUCCUCGGAUCGGGAGGCGUGGGAAAAUCUGCUCUGACCGUGCAGUUUGUCCAGGGAAUAUUUGUGGAAAAAUAUGACCCAACAAUAGAGGACUCGUACAGAAAGCAAGUGGAGGUCGACGGACAGCAGUGUAUGCUGGAGAUCCUGGACACUGCUGGGACGGAGCAGUUCACCGCUAUGAGGGACCUGUACAUGAAGAAUGGCCAGGGCUUUGCGCUGGUGUACUCCAUCACCGCCCAGUCCACCUUCAACGACCUGCAGGACCUGAGGGAGCAGAUCCUCCGGGUCAAAGACACUGACGACGUGCCGAUGAUCCUGGUGGGGAAUAAGUGUGACCUGGAUGAGGAGAGGGUGGUGGGCAAAGAGCAGGGCCAGAACCUGGCCCGACAGUGGAACAGCUGCGCCUUCCUGGAGUCCUCCGCCAAGUCCAAGAUCAACGUCAACGAGAUCUUCUAUGACCUGGUUCGGCAAAUCAACAGGAAAACUCCAGCACCUGGUAAAACACGCAAAAAGUCCACCUGCCAACUUCUCUAAUACACAGCUACCCCUCUCGCUCAGAGCCAGGUCUGACGAACUGCGGUCCUUCUCGGCAGAGCCAGCAUCCCGACUUUACUAAACCAACAUCCGGCAGACUUUCCUGUGUGGCCAUUCACCUUAGCAACAGACAUGAACUGAACGGCCAAUCAAAUCAAAUAUACCAUGUCUGUUUUUUUUGUUUUUUUUUGCACACCGAACUUCAACGGACUGCCAGUGUCGCAAAAAUAGAUUUUUGGUUUCUAUUCUAAUCAUAUCCAACUGAAAUAAAGCAAGACCUAGAACCUACACACACAGUAUUACUGCUAAUGAAAAACACAUCUUCCUUAAACCACAAUUGUACAUGUAAUGAUCUGAUUCUAAACUAAACUGGCUGCACAUGGCAAGAUUAAUUUUGACAAAUACUAUGAUUAUUAUAUAUACUAUGAUAAAUAUACUGCAUAUAGUGGUGCUUUAGAUAUGUACAUAUAAAACACCACUAUUUUAGCCUUUGAGGAAGCCCAAAGAGCACCUAUAUAGCCCUUUUCAUUCCCUUAUCUUUGCUCCUUGGAUAUUUUCUUCGGUUUGUUUUCUUUUUUUUCCUGAAUCUCUUUUUCUUUGUUUUUUUAAGUCACUAGAUUUUGUUCUACCAGGAUGCUAUAUUGAGAAUGCUAUGAUUAUGAUUUUAUCUUAGGAAAACCUGUGGGAUACAGUGAUGUCAUGUGUAAACCGAAUACAAGUACGCUUUUAUGUCACUGUUAUAUUGUCCUUCGCCUAAGAUACUGCCUUCAAAUCCUCCCCACCCCCCAGGAAAGUCGCACAAUAUUUUCAAGUCAAUCUUUUAUUUGUAUUUUUUUAAAUGUUUGUAUAACAGGGGUUCACAAUAGGGUUUCUGUUUGGAGGGAAGGAUGAAGUUUGGCAAAAGACCUACAAAGUGAGUCUGUCACCAUCUACAUUGCCUUGGCAAUAUUGAAACAGAUUUGAGCCAGCAUGGCCGCCUUUUCCGUUUGAGUCUGCAUGGGUCAGGUCAACUUGCACACUGUCCCGUUCCUCUUCAAAGAGUCCCGAUCCGCAACAGGAAAUAUAUAUUUUAACAUGAGGGUUUUUUUAAAGACAAAAUAAGUCCGAGAAAUCACUUCUCUGUGCUUCUGUCACUGCAAUCCCCCCUCCUCCCCAUCUCCUCUCCCAAACCCUUGUCAACUCAUGCAUUUCUUGUAAAUUUAGGAUAUAAACAAAAUUUGUCCACUAAGAAAGAAUAUUGCCUGUUAGUGAUUGUUUCUCCUGUGUAACAUUUGGAGGAGAUGUUCCUUGGUGGACAACUAACUGUGGGUUUGUCAGUGAUGAAUGUUGGGCAACUUUUUUUAAAAAGACAGUCAUGGUCAGCUGUUGGAUGGAGAGGUUUUUUUUGUGCGUUUCUGCUGACUUGUUUAAAAAAAAAAAAAAAAAAAAAAAAAAAAAUGCCUUGUUGCUUUGUAUGCAUUAGAAAAAAAAUCUAAAACAGAAGAAAAAAAAAGAAAAAGAAAAAAAAACUCCUGGAUGUAAAGAUGUGUGUUUAUGUCCCAGAGCCUGGCCACAGUGUUUCAAAUGCAACAUCAGUUUGGGCUGGCCAAAUGUAAAGUUUAAAAAAAGCCUUAAUUAAAGUGGUGCAAUUUUGUACAACCUCGCAUCUGUAGUUCAAUGAAUUGGAUUGCCAUGCAAGGACUCGUAGGGAAGAGCUACGAGUCAAAUGUUUGUUGUGUUACUUUUUACUCUUGCCAGUAAUGUUAAGGUGUUGAAACCGUUCUCAUAUCGUUGCCCGGAGCUGGCUAAAACAUAUUGGCAAUGUUCAGAGAAUGUUUUGUGUGAGCUUGGGAACGUAACGUCAGUGCACAUCUGAUGUGAGUUGUGUCCAACUUUCUUGAGCGGGAAAUUUUCUCCUUUUCAACUGAAACGCUGUAAAUGAUACCAGUGAUUUUGGGAUCAAACUGUAAAAAUUUUCAGGUUUGAAUAUUAGCAUGUGAGCCUAUAUUUUUUAAAGGUGGAAAAGUAUAUUAAAAUGAAUGGAGUAAAGAUCUCUUUGAUUAC